GGGGGACUAAAAGACAGUAUGUAAUGAGUGCACGUGAGCUAUAGAUAAUGCAUUGUUGUUACCAACGCAUAUUGACCGAGACUAUAAAUAACAUACAGGUAGAUUACACAGUAAUCCGUACUAGUCCCAGUUUAAUCAUGAACUCCCGUACAAGUGCCCAGGAUGUAAUACGAUGUGACCUGUGUGAGACCGCUGUGGUACAGAUGCACUGUGAUACAUGUCUUGUCAAUCUGUGUAAGGCCUGUGUGGGAGAACAUGCGUCAACCGAUCCUUCAAAACCUCAUAAAAUUGUUGAUUUCAAGGACAGAAAAUUUACCACGAUCUAUCCUAAUUGCAGAUCUCAUAAUAAAGAGAAAUGUAAAAUGUACUGCAAACAAUGUAACAUUCCUGUUUGUAUCAACUGCCUCGAAUCUAAUCAACAUUUAAGUCAUGAAUUAUCUAAAUUCUUGCAAGCUUUGGAUGAAAAGAAGGACAUGAUUAUAAAAGAGAGAAAUGAAUUAAAUGAUACAAUUUAUCCAACCUACCAGGACAUUGCCUCUGAUGUACAAAAAAGAAUGCGUUAUUUGGAAAAGGAUUAUGGAGAUCUCGCAACAGCCAUAAAGAAACACGGAGAUGACUUGCACAGAGAAGUUGACAAACUUGUCGAGAAACUAAAAGCUGAGGUUGAUGAGAUGAAAAACAUGCAGUUACAAACUCUACAAAAACAUCUGGAUGAAAUUAACAAAAGCGUUUCUGAAAUCAAGAAUGAAAUCGAUUCAAUUGAUGUUGCCGUGGAUUCUAAUGACAUUUCCAAACUAUUCAGUUUUACAUCUGUUAUGAACAGACACAAAGAUCUUCCAGGAAAAAUUGUGCCCAAUUUACCAAAAUUUGCUUUUGGAAGAAUCCAAGGAGAAGAACUUGGUAAACUAUUUGGAUCCUUAUCAUCAAGUUCUUCAACAUUAUAUAAACAUGGCUACAGAAUGACGACAAGACAGAAAUCACCAGAAACGGGAUCCUCUCCUCCAAUCAAACAGCUACUUGAUGAACCAGAGAUUGCCACUACCAUAGAGACUGGGUAUGGAUAUCUUUACAAUGUGGCAUGUCUGAAUGAUGAAGAUAUCUGGACAAGUGGAGAAGACAGAACCAUGAAACUCUUCAGCAUCAAUCAGGGAUCACUACUCCAGUCAAUCACAACCAAGUCAGGGAACGCAAAAUCUAACAUAGCAGUGACAAAAGGAGGAGAUUUAGUUUAUACUGAUACCAACGACAGAACUGUGAAUAUUGUGAAAAAUGAGAAGAUAGAGGAGGUGAUCAGACUACAGGAAUGGAGACCUAAAGGUGUCUGUAGUACCUCCUCGGGUGACCUCCUGGUUAUCAUGGACAGUAAGGAUGACAAACAAACGAAAGUUGUUCGUUACUCUGGCUCCAUAGAAAAACAAACCAUUCAGUUUGAUGAUGAGGGUAAACCACUCUAUUCACCUAGUUAUCGUUACCUAAGAAAUGUUACAGAGAACAAAAACCUGAAUAUAUGUGUAGCUGACGAUGGAACUGGAGCAGUAGUUGUGGUCAAUCAGGCCGGGAAACCGAGAUUCAGGUACACUGGACAUAUUUCUGCUCUAGAGAACAAACCAUUCUAUCCACGAGGAAUCACCACAGACAGUCAGAGUCGCAUCCUUAUAGCUGAUAUGAACAAUGACUGUGUCCACAUCAUAGACCAGGAUGGACAGUUUCUCCGUUACAUAGACUGUGGACUGACUGAACCCUGGGGACUGUGUACAGAUACAAAUGACAAUCUAUUUGUUGCUCAAUGGGAAAAUAAACAAGUGAAGAAAAUCAAAUAUCUGACGUGAGACCAUAAAGAAAUCACAGAAAAAUACAUCAAUAAGUCAGACAUGCCACACAGCUGCACUGUAUACACUUAAUUUAAGCAAUUAAAAUUUUUUAAAAAUCUAUUUGCUACAUGAAUAUUAUGCAUGUAAUAAUAUGCUAAUU